AUGCCGCGUCCAACAGGGCAACAUAAACAUUUAAACAAAGCCCGCUAUCAAGGGACUUCCACCGCUAGUAAUACUACAUCAGAAACGGCUGUCGAAAUCUCUGAACCACCAACAGACAUUAAUGCUAUAUCAAAAAAUAAUACUCGUGGGAUAACGAUCAGACACGGUCGCCCUCGUCAUCCCCAAAGCCAAGGUCAAAUCGAACGGCUUAACCAGACAAUUGGCCGUGGCUUCACCAAGCUACUCUGGGAUGACGAGAACAGAUUGCAACGGAAAGACUGGAUUCAUGUCAUCGAUGCUUUCAUCAUCAGUUAUAACUCAACCAUACAUCGGGCCCAUGGUCGUACACCUCACGAAGAGGUUGAUGAGGAAAAUCAGAUGUUAGCAUCAGAUGCAGUUGGUGAUGAUAUUACGAAACGCACGUCACGAGUGCAACAGCUUCAGCAAUCGGUGAACAACUCGUUAGAUAAAUAUCGCUCUAAGUUAUGCAAACAGGGCAGUGUUUACCGAAAAAAGACAGCAAACAAUACAAUUGAAGCUGGAACCUCAGUGGUCAUAGCACCAGACCACGACAUGAAUCCAAAAACUCGUAAACGUAAGUUGCAGCCUACGUUUUCCCAAGAGGGUAAAUUCAAAAGAUUGGCAGCGAAUAACCAUACUGCAAUUGUGGAAGUGGACGGUAAAGACAUUACAACUUCCAUUAAGCGAAUUAAGGUGGUAACUGGGAAGGGACAUUCGUCUGAAUAG